GAUCUAAAAACAAAGAAACAAACAAAUAAAAACAACAGAAAUGGUUAAAUACAGGACUUAAAUUCAAGCCAGGAAGAAGAUACAUAUAAUUCAUCAAGAUACUGCCUGCCUGGCUCUGGCUCUGGCUGAGGCCAAUAACAAAACGAAAACUGAUUGUGCAGAAUUCUUGCAAACAUCGUCGGCGGAAAGGGAUGGACCGAAAUUGGGUCCAAUCGAAUCUACGAGAAAUGAUAAUCUUCGGCGGCGGCUAGUAGUGGGAGUGCACUUAUGACUUUAAGGGUGGUAUGAAAGUUAGGAUUGUCGGAUAAUGCAAUCCAGUCCAAGUCAGCGUCAGCGUCAGCAUCAUCAUCAUCAUCAUCAUCAUCAGCAAUCAAUUAUAGUCUACAGAUAGAAGAUAUGGUAGAAGGGGAGGAGUACAAGAAACAAAUACUACAAUUUUAGGAUUAGUGGGGGCCAUGGAAAGAAACUUUCAACUGUCAAGGUCCGAUGUUCAUCAUCGGCGGCUCCUUCGCCUCCUCCGUCUCCUUCUCCUUCUCUAGUUCUCUUCCCUUCCACUGGAAAAAGUAGAUCGUCGAAACUAAAAGCAUCUCUGCACAGAACUGCCUCACACAUCCACACCGCCAACUAACUCUGCGGUGAAACUGAAACUCGAAGGGAUAACUCUGCUUACGUGGACGCUAAGCCAUUCUAUUGGUCUUAUAGUAGCAGUAGAAGACUAGCACCACUAUAAAUAUUGGACAUGCAAGCUCACCGCUGAAUGCAAACACCGGAGGUGUCGUGUAUGUAUGUAUUCACAUAACUGAACUGAAUUCAACAGUUUCUUUUGUGAGCUCACUUGGGUGUCAAAGUUCUUAAUGCGGUGAGGAGGAAAUGGGUUCAAGUCGUGCCCAACAUUCAAUUGUGAUUUGCUUGUUGCUUGCUUCAUGGAUACCUUAUCAGGGUUUUGCCUUCGGAACUGAUACAAAUCAGGCAGCAUUUCUGUUUGUAAACGUUUCUGAAGCAUCGGCAAGAAAAAUACCUGAUACUCUAUUUGGUAUAUUCUUUGAGGAGAUCAAUCAUGCUGGAGCUGGUGGACUGUGGGCAGAGCUUGUUAGCAACCGAGGUUUUGAAGCUGGGGGCCCCAACACUCCCUCAAAUAUUGACCCUUGGUCUAUUUUGGGGGAUGAAUCAUCUUUGAUUGUAUCAACAGACCGUUCAUCAUGCUUUGAUCGAAAUAAAGUUGCACUGAAAAUGGAGGUUCUUUGUGACAGUGGAGGUGCCAAUAAAUGUCCUGUUGGAGGAGUUGGCAUUUAUAAUCCUGGAUUCUGGGGCAUGAAUAUUGAACAAGCAAAGACCUAUAAAGUGGUUCUCUUUGUACGUUCUCUUGGUCCCAUUAAUGUAUCUGUAUCAUUGACUGGGUCAAAUGGAUUGCAGACUCUGGCUACUGCAAAUAUCGUUGCUGCUGACGUUUCAAACUGGACAAAGAUGGAAGUUCUGCUCGAAGCAAGAUCAACUGAUCACAGAUCAAGGUUGCAACUGACGACAACAACAAAAGGUGUUAUAUGGUUUGAUCAAGUUUCGGUUAUGCCUUUGGACACAUACAAGGGACAUGGUUUUCGGAAUGAUCUUUUCGGUAUGCUUCAAGAUUUGAGACCAGCGUUUGUCAGAUUUCCAGGUGGCUGCUUUGUUGAAGGUGAAUGGUUACGAAAUGCAUUUCGCUGGAAAGAAACUAUUGGACCAUGGGAAGAGAGGCCUGGGCAUUUUGGUGACGUUUGGGAUUACUGGACAGAUGAUGGAAUGGGGCAUUUUGAGUUUCUCCAGCUCGCGGAGGACCUUGGUGCUUUACCAGUAUGGGUGUUCAAUAAUGGAAUCAGCCAUAAUGAUGAAGUUGACACUUCUAGCGUCUUUCCUUUCGUACAAGAAAUUUUGGAUGGGCUUGAGUUUGCAAAAGGUGAUGCAAAAUCCAAAUGGGGUUCUGUUCGGGCUGCACUGGGACACCCCGAACCCUUUGAUUUAAGAUAUGUUGCUAUUGGUAAUGAGGACUGUGGGAAGAAAAACUACCGUGGAAAUUACCUCAAGUUCUAUUCUGCUAUAAACCAAUCCUAUCCAGACAUCAAAAUGAUUUCGAACUGUGAUGGAACUUCUAAACUGUUGGAUCAUCCGGCUCAUUUGUUUGAUUAUCAUGUUUAUGAUAAUGCAAAUGUUAUAUUCUCUCAAUCUCACAAGUUUGAUCAUACCCCACGCGAUGGUCCAAAGGUUUUUGUGAGUGAGUAUGCUGUGACUGGAAAUGAUUCUGGCACGGGUAGUCUUUUGGCAGCACUAGCUGAAGCUGCGUUCCUUAUUGGCGUGGAAAAAAAUAGUGAUGUAGUUGAAAUGGCAAGUUAUGCACCUUUGUUCGUGAAUACCAAUGACAGGAGGUGGAAUCCAGACGCGAUUGUAUUUGACUCCUCACAGGUCUAUGGGACUCCUAGCUAUUGGAUGCAGGAUUUUUUCAAAGAGUCAAAUGGUGCAACUCUUCUCAAUUCUACACUACAACCUAAUCCUUCAAAUUCACUUAUAGCGUCAGCUAUUCAGUGGAAAAGUACAGUGGAUAAUAAGACUUACUUGAGAGUAAAGGUUGUGAACUUUGGAAGCACUGCGGUGGCUCUCAAGAUUUCUGUUUCCGGGUUGGGGCAGAAUUCAACAGAAUCACUUGUUUCUACGAAGACAGAGUUAACAUCAAGCAAUGUAAUGGAUGAAAACUCAUUUGUCAAUCCAAAAAAGGUAGUGCCAUUCAAAACUCUGCUGGAUACUGUCGGGGAGGUCAUGGAUGUGGUGCUCUCUCCUCAUUCACUCACAUCAUUUGACUUGUCGAUGAGGUCGGACAAUAAUAUCCUAAUUGCAGGAUCCGAUUCUGUUCUUAGAUCAUCAUCAUCAUCAUCCUGAUAAUGCAAAACCAUCAUGUAUAUCUGAUUUAUCAGAUAAACCAUCAUGUUCUUACUAAUUAAUGGUAAUGGUGAUAAUAUAAAGCAUAUUUAGAUAUAUGUCUGCCAUCUUACAUAUCAGUUAAUAUUAUAAACCGUGUAUGUCUAUCUGGUAAGAUAAACCAUGUUCUUACAAACUAAUGGUAAUGGUGAUAUUAUAAAGCAUAUUUAGUUA